CCCCCUUCGGGCUCCAGAGCUAGAAAGGAGCGUCGAUGCCGGCGGCAGUGAUGAGUUGUAGGAGGGGCUGGGUGCUUGGCGUCGCUGAGGAGCGGCUGCUGCUGCUACUGCUGCUACUGCUGCUACUGGUGGCCUCUUUACAGAUGUAUUGCUGUCAUUGAAUAUUGGCCCAUUUGAAAGUGCUAGGGAAGCUCAACCAUCAGGAUGUCCAAGUACAAACUGAUUAUGUUAAGACAUGGAGAGGGCGCUUGGAAUAAAGAGAAUCGUUUUUGUAGCUGGGUGGAUCAGAAACUUAACAGUGAAGGAAUGGAGGAAGCUCGGAACUGUGGAAAGCAACUCAAAGCACUAAACUUGGAGUUUGAUCUCGUAUUCACAUCCAUCCUGAAUCGGUCCAUCCACACAGCCUGGCUGAUCCUGGAAGAGCUGGGCCAGGAGUGGGUUCCGGUGGAAAGCUCCUGGCGUCUAAAUGAGCGUCACUAUGGAGCUUUGAUCGGUCUCAACAGGGAGCAGAUGGCUUUGAAUCAUGGUGAAGAACAAGUGAGGCUCUGGAGAAGAAGCUACAAUGUGACCCCACCACCCAUUGAGGAAUCUCACCCUUUCUACCAUGAAAUCUACAAUGACCGGAGGUAUAAAGUGUGCGACAUACCUGUGGAUCAGCUGCCCCGAUCUGAAAGCUUAAAGGAUGUUCUGGAGAGACUCCUUCCCUUUUGGAACGAAAGGAUUGCUCCUGAAGUAUUAAGUGGCAAAACCGUUCUGAUAUCCGCUCAUGGAAAUAGCAGUAGGGCUCUCCUGAAGCAUCUGGAAGGUAUCUCCGAUGAAGACAUUAUCAACAUUACUCUUCCCACUGGAGUCCCCAUUCUCCUGGAACUGGAUGAGAACCUGCAUGCUGUUGGGCCCCACCAGUUCCUGGGCGACCAAGAAGCUAUCCAAGCCGCCAUUAAGAAAAUAGAUGAUCAAGGAAAAGUGAAAAAACAAGCUGAAAAAUGAAGGCUUUCCCAUUUGCUGGCCAGGAAUAGCUGAAAAAAAAGUGGCAUGCAGUGUUUUAUGGGUGCUGAUCUCUCUCUUUCUUUUUUUUUCUCCCCCCUGAUUUUUCCAGAACUGGGCUAUGGGGUAGAGUUUAUAUAGGUAAUUAGGGAACUUAUGUUGCCCAGGUAAAGGCUUUAGGAUGCCUGAGUACUUUGCCAUGUCUUAUGAAUGAACUCUCCUGCUCGUCCUGUUUGAAUUAGUCAUUUGUGGGGCUAAUUAGUAACAGUGGUGGUUAAUCAAUGUCCUAAAUAUCUAAGGAGAGUAACAAGUAGAGGUGAAGUUUAAGGUAUUUGUCAUUCAAUAAAUCAUUAUUGAGUCACUGUGGACAGGCACUACUUAUUCUAAUAAGUAGUUCACUUUUAUAUUUACUAAGACUUUCUGGGAUGAUAGUAAGCUAUCUUAGAUAAUAUACUCUAAUUAAGUAUUUAUUACUAGGCUUCUCCUCUAGGCAAAGGGAUGCUUUGCCAGUUAAAACCAGAGGCCCAUUAAAUGGGGGAAAUCAUAGAUGGGUUUCUCCAAGAAAGCCACCAACAAACAGUAAGGCCCUUUGCCUUGUCUCUAGUCCAGAGACAUCCUUUCUUUGACAUUUGGUAGGAAUGCCCUUUGGCUGCUAAAAUUAGCAGCAUAGAGACAGCCCUAGCUGUUGGUGUUCUCCUUUUGUUUUGUUCUGUUGAACUUCAAUCUUUGGGUACUUAAAAUUGGUUUAAAAAUAAAGGUCUGUGACCGAAAAAUGAAUAUCCCCAAAGCAUCUCCUUGUAAGUGCUAAACAUUAGGUAAAGGCUUCUGAACUAGUCUUUGGCUCCGAAUCUUCCUGUAACACUCGAAAAGUUGCAUGGACACUCCCGAUUCUCUACAAAUUGAACAUCGGGGUUCGGGGGAAGGUAGAAUAUAGUGCAUGUAAUUUUAUUCACGUGAGCAGGGAAAACAUGGUACGUUGGGGCUUGUCAUAUACAUGUAUUGUUCAUCCGCUGAGAGCAAAUGAUUAUAGUACAUACUGUAGAGCAGCAUGGGUAGGCCAUGGGCAGACAUGAUUACUUCUCAGUCUCAGUGACAGUUUUCCAGAUCGUAUUUUUAAAUGUCAUGGGUACGUAAGUCCUCAUUUCUUUAAACUCUUGCCUUAUUUCAAGGCAGGUGACCUGUAGUGAUAAAGUCAUGGGGAAAAAAUUGUAGCUAUUUAUCAGUUUUUCAUGGUUUUUCCAUUGGCAGAUUAAUCUGUUUGUAUCCAUUUGAUGAUAAAUGGCAAUAGAAGAAGACUAAUUUAAACCCUUGCUACUGCUUGGUCUCCAUUUGGUCCUUACCGUAGGGUUCUGGCUGCACUGGUGAUGAAGAUGGCUGGGAAGAAGAGCUGAAGUGGGUGUGCUCACAGCUGACCACAUCUGUGAUGCAUAAGGACGUGGAAUGUGGGUGCUUUACAUUUCUGACCAACUCGUGGUGUAGCCCUUCUGUAGGCCUUCAUUUUAGUCCAGCUGCUUAACCAAAUGAUAACUCUUUAGAAUUCAGAGAUCAGAUCUUCCUAGAAUUCUAACCCUAUGGUGAGGCCGUACCUCAGACCGUUCUUUAACAGUUUCAUCUCUGGAAUUGACCUCUGCGUUUUCUGACCUGAGCGGUGACCCUAUCUUAAUGUGGCUCAAGAUCCUAGAGUUGGAGUCUUCCCUUGUCCUGCAUCUGGAUGUUCACUCCCAGGGUACCCCCUGGCCGAAUGAUGUGCUUCGACACACAAAGCUACACUGACAACCAGACACUUUGGAAUCUUGCAGAUUUCCUAAGAUAGGGUUAAUUUUUGCUGACACUUUCUGAUAUAAUUUGGUUUAUUGUUUUUGAGAUCUUG